AUGUCAAAUGACUAUUCUUCAUCCAGUGAUGAUGAGUAUAACCCAGGGUCUCAAAAUAGAUUCCAUAUCCAAAUACCACAACAACAACUCAACCUAAAUGAAGUUCGUAAACAGAAUCAAAAGAAGGAGAAAUCAAAGUUUACUAAACAAACAUCUUCAAAUUUCAAUAAAGUUGCCAGUAAAUUUCAAAACAAGAAGAGCGAUACAAAAAAGUACCCUGAUUCUUAUACUCCUCGAGACCCAAGAGCUUCUUUAAAUGCAUCCAGACUGUCUUACGCUUCGUUUGAAGACGACGCGGGUGGCGACGGUGAUUCUGAUUCCAAUGAUGAUGAUGAUGAUGAUGACGAGUUUAACCCUGGUGGGUCAAGUUCAGGUAAGCAAAACUUGCCGCAUUUCAAAUUUGAUGCUGACGACAUUAGAAAAAGCCAAGGUCCCAUUGAAAGUGAUGACGACUCUGACUCUGACGACGGAAGUUAUCAAGACCAAACUCAUACCGAUUUCACUCAUAUCCAACAAGCUCCUCACGAACAGUUUUAUCACACCGAUUCAUCGGAUGAGGAACAUGAGAUCACCAAAAGAAACCACGGACGUCCAGAAUCGUAUCAUCAAGAUCCCCUUGAGAGGACAAAGUCAGGAUCAUCAGGAAAAUCAUCAGACGAACACUUUGCCGCAAACACAGCAUCGUCAUCUUCCGACUCUUCUAGACAACCUCGUAAACCAUCGAUUCAUUCAAUGCGUUCACAUGAAACUAAUCAAAGUGCUUCUAAAAAGAGCAUGCAAAGUGGAUCAAAAGAGUCCACAGGUGGUCUUCGAGGCAUACUUCGUAAAAUGUCAUUAGCUGAUCGCAUCCCAUCACAAGAUCAUGAUAUUAGUCAUAGCGAUACAUUUUUAGGAAGAGUCUUGUCUGGUGGUCAUCAAGGAUUAAGUGGUGGUGGAUUAGCACCUGGUGCCAGUCGUGCUUCAAGAGAUAGAAAUGGCAAUGAAGAUGAAGAGAAACGAGUUGGCUUUGCUGAUCAUGAUGACCGUGGUGAUUAUCAUCAUGAUAACAUUGAAUUACAACCUCUUUCCAAAUACGACGAUUUAAGUGAUGAGGUUAAGGCAUUGGUUGAUCAACAUAUUCCUGAUGCAUUGCUCCAUUCAUCAAACACAAGUGCAAACACUAGUGCUGAUGUGACACCUACUCGAAGUACUGAUGAUUUAAUCAAUGAAAAGACCAAAGAUGAAAAUGAAGAAGCCAAGAAAUCAACUGAUAAAGAUUCAGAUGAACAUAAAGAUAAUCCGUUUUAUGCACCAAACCCUGAUUUGUUUCUCCGUGGUCAUAAUGAUUCUGAACCAAAUGAAUUGGCUGAUGUUGAUGGUAAUUAUAUUGAACCGCCCAAACACGUUCAAGCAGGAGUCUUGUCUUCAUUAUUACGAUUAUAUCAACAACCAAUGGAGAAUAAAUCAGCUAGUUCCUUGACAAAUGUCGAUACCAAUGAUUCAACAGUUGACAGUUUUGACGAGCACAAGAGACCUACGCUGCAUUUAGAUUUAACUAGAUUUGGCACCGAUGUUGGUGCUGGUGUCAAGCAUGGUAUGAAGUCAGCUCAACACGGUGCUAGUAGGGGGUACCUGAAUAUCAAGGCUUCAGGAAAAGCCCUCGGUAAAGCAGCUAACAAGAUGAGGCAUUUUGAUGGAAAAGGAGGACGAAGUGGCGGUGGUGCCAAUGAUAGGCCAUUACCAGAUGCAAGUGAUGACGAUGAUGACGAUGAUGAUAAUGGUGGAUUUGGCGGUGGUGGUGGUGGUAAUGGUGGUGUAGACGGUAAAGGCAAAUAUGACUCUGCUGGCUUACCAUCAUUCCAAAAUGCCAAACCGAAAAUGCCUAAAAAGAGACCUACUGAUCCAACGAAUAAACUUAAAAAGUUAAAACGUAACAAAAAGGCCGAACGAUUGCGUAUUACAGUUCACAUUGCUGACGUGUUACAACGUCAACGAUUCAUCAUCAAUAUGUGUCGUGCAUUGAUGUUGUAUGGAGCACCAACACAUAGAUUAGAAGAGUAUAUGGUGAUGACAUCGCGGGUAUUGGAAAUUGAUGGACAAUUUAUCUAUUUCCCUGGAUGCAUGUUGGUUUCAUUUGGUGAUGCAGCAACGAGAACUUCUGAAGUUCAUCUUGUUAGAUGUGCUCAGGGGAUCAAUUUAGGUAAAUUAUCGGAUGCCCACAAGUUGUAUAAAGCAGUGACGCAUGAUUUGAUUGGUGUUGAAGAAGCCACUAAGAAAUUGGAUGAUUUGCUAAAAGAAAAGAACAAGUUCCCACCAUGGCUUUGUGUUUUCUACUACGGGCUUGGUUCUUUAGCAGUGACGCCAUUUGCAUUUGAUGGUGGAUGGAUUGAUUUACCGAUAAGUUUUGGUAUUGGAUUAUGCGUUGGUUUCUUACAAUUUUACGUUUCGACAUUGUCGAAUUUAUAUUCCAAUGUGUUUGAAGUAUCAUCGGCAAUUGUCGUUUCGUUUAUUGCUCGUGGUAUUGGAUCUAUUCGAGGUGGUGAUUUGUUUUGCUUUAGUGCCAUUGCUCAAGGUUCCUUGGCGAUUAUCUUGCCCGGGUAUAUCAUCUUGUCAGGGUCAUUGGAAUUACAAUCGAGAAAUUUGGUGGCUGGUGCAGUGAGGAUGUUUUAUGCUAUUAUCUAUUCCUUGUUUCUUGGAUUUGGUAUAACUUUAGGGUCAGCAUUAUUUGGAUGGGUUUAUCAUGAUGCAACUUCGCAGAAUAGUUGUGCCAAGGGCCAUACUAUGGAUGACAAGUGGAGAAUUUUGUUUGUGCCGCUUUUUGCAACAUGUCUUGGGCUAAUCAAUCAAGCAAAAUGGCGGCAAUUGCCGAUUAUGAUUAUAAUUGCCGGUAUAGGUUACAUUGGUUCCUACUUUGCUGGGAAACAUUUUUCCAAUGUGACCGAAUUCACAGCAUGCAUUGGUGCAUUCAUUGUGGGAAUAUGUGGAAACUUGUACUCACGUAUUUGGAAAGGUGUCGCAGUAUCAGCAAUGUUGCCAGCAAUUUUCGUCCAAGUUCCUUCGGGUAUUGCUUCCAAGAGUUCGUUGAUUUCCGGUUUGCAAACUGCUGAUAAGAUUACUAAUCGAAAUGGAACUGAGGAGACUACUACAACUACCGAUUCUACUAGCUCGUUGAGUUUUGGUGCCACUAUGGUAGAAGUUUCAAUUGGUAUUAGUGUGGGGUUGUUUGCGGCUGCAUUGUUUGUUUAUCCAUUUGGUAAAAAGGGAACUGGAUUGUUUACCUUGUAA